AUGCUGGUCAGUGUGUACAAGCCGAGACAGCUGACCUUCUGGGAUGUGGCUCUAGAAUUCUCUCAGGAAGAAUGGGAAUGCCUGAACCACAGUCAGUGGAAACUGUAUGCGGAUGUGAUACUGGAGACCUAUGGGCACCUCCUCUUCUUGGGUCUCCUUGUAUCGAAACCAGACCUGGUCAUCUUUUUGGAGCACGAGAAGGAGCUGUGGGGUGUGAAGAGACAGGAGACAGUAGCCUCACACCCAGGUAGGUGGGAAGGGAGCAGACGACGAGGUGAGGUGCCAGUGUGAAGGAGGAAGACAGAACUUGAAGUGGAGUUCAAGGAGCUGUCCUUGAAUGGAAAAUCGUUUG